AUGGCUGCCGUGGCACCGUCGUCAAUGCUGAACAUCGAAGGCUUCACUGCGACCGGUGACUACGCUCGCACUAUCCACCUGACAGGUGCAGAUGGUAUGGAAGCAGCCAUUCUCACCCGAGGCUGCCGCGUCCUAGAUUUGCGCUUGCGCGAUGGCCGCUCCAUGGUUCUGCCGGUCUCGACGCUUGCGGAGGUGGAGGCGGAUGAAAGCUAUAUAAACGUCGCAGUUGGUCGCACAGCGAAUCGCAUCGAGGGCGGGAAGUUUGCUCUGGACGGUAAGGAGGUCAUCUUGCAGUGCAACGAGAAUGGUCAAAACCAGCUUCAUGGAGGGACAGUUGGCUGGGAUAAGAAGCUGUUUGCGGUUCGCGACCAGGGUCUGAACUAUGUUGAAUUGUUUCUAGUUUCACCGGACCUGGAUCAAGGCUUCCCGUCUUCGGUGGAGGUUUCUAUCAGGUAUGAGCUUGACGGAACGGGCGGAUUUACCGUUACGAUGUCUACUUCAAACGUUGGCAAGGAAGCGACUGUGACCAAUAUGACGGUAUGUCCUACGCGUGCGUCAUGUUUUAUCUGCACCCGCGCUACGCUCGGUUUAUGUUUACAUCAGGACACCUAA